UAUGUUAUUAGUUGUGCCGCUGAUGAGCUGUACACGGAACCGCCGAAGCAUCUGAAGUGUCUGUUCAAAGCCACUCAGCCAAGUGUCCGGUUGACCGGGUGAUGCUGAGAUGUGAAGUGAGAGAUCGGGCUGAGCUAGCCUAGCUAAGUGUGCUAGCUAACGUUUAGCCUGCUCGCCUGUGAGGGCUGUAGCCUAGUUGUUUAUACUAAUUUUGACUUGUCAUUGACAACAUUUCCGAAGACUGAGCUCAGACUUUAUAUGUAUUUUACGUAAAAGUUGAAAUUGUGGCGGCAGGGUUGACCAACGGCCUCUGCCUGACUGUCUAGCUUGCCAUUCACCUUACAGUCAAGUCUGUCUCAACUAACUGCUUCUCCAUCAUCAAUAAUUUGUUCUGUUUGGCUGGAAAAUGCUUACCCACUUUGAGAAUCAGUUGAUGUUUUAUUAAAUUAGAAAAAAAAAGAGAAAAGAAGUCAGCCAGUCUGUCACGUUGAAGCUGCACCUGCUGUUUGUCAUGUACCGUAGGUGUGGGGCAGGCUGGUUGACUGGCUGCAUACCAGACAGUGUAGAUAGGGUAAAUAAAACUGCAGUCAGAUGCUGGACUAGUGUGGAGUACAAGUUCAGGAGUGAAUGACGACGGACAGUUCAUCAGCAAGCCCUGAGCUGGCUGAUCUCAGAGCAGUGAGGAAACCAAGUUUAGGGUGAAUGUAAGGGACCUCUGGAGAACUGUGGCCUGAAGGCAUUUCGAUUUCUGAGAUGUCAGUCAAACGAGCAGACGGGAUGUCCAUUGCCCAGGCUUUGGCCAUGACUGUAGCAGAGAUACCGGUCUUUCUCUAUUCCACAUUUGGGCAGUCCAUAUUUUCUCAGCUAAAGCUCACACCAAGCUUGAAGAAGGUGCUGUUUGCCACAGCACUGGGCAGUGUAGCUCUGGCUCUCACCGCUCACCAGCUAAAAAGGCGGGGGAGAAAAAGGAAACAGGCAACACAAGGGAAGGAGGGCCAGAAGACAGUGGGAAUACCUGAGGCUCUGAUGAAGACAGGAAGACCCUCUUCAUUAAAGAGAGGUCCGUUUACUGGCCGACAGAUGAUGAGUCCAAGCACCAGGAGCAAUGACACCAUGAGUGGAAUUUCCUCCCUGGCUCCCAGUAAACACUCAAGUUCUUCACACAGCCUGGCAUCUAUGCGGGUCCCGAGCUCUCCAAAUCAGUCUGCCAAUCCAUCCACCCCUUGGGAAGCAGAGCCUGUGGUGGAAGAGUCAGGGGCAGUAGAGGAUGCUAAUGCAGAGAAUCUGUAUUUAAUGGGGAUGGAGCUGUUUGAAGAAGCUCUACAAAAGUGGGAACAAGCCCUGAAUAUUCGCCAUCACACCCACUCGACCUCCAGCAACAACAGCCUCGCUCUGCAGGGGGCAGCGUGUGGAGACUUUCCCAUGGCUGAAGCCCGUAAUAAAGUGUUUGCUGAGAAGUUAGAGACACUACUGCAUAGGGCAUACCACCUACAAGAGGAUUUUGGCAGCAGUAUCCCAACAGACAGUGUGCUGGCAGACUUUGAGAGUGAAGGUACUCUUAUCUUGCCUCAAGUGGAGAGCUUCCACAGACUGCAAGAUGAUGAUGCGACUACUGUUACCUCUGACGACUCC